AUGUCGGGUUUCAAUUUCGGAACCUCCUCCUCUACCGCCGCUUCACAUUCCACUUCCACUUUCUCAUUCGCCACCUCCCCUUUCGGAUCCUCCGCCUCCGCCUCCGCCUCCGGACCCGGAUCCUCCCCUUUCAGCUUCGCCUCCUCUCCCGCUUUAGGUACCUCAAACCCUAGCCCCGCCCCGAACCCGAACCCGAACCCGAGUCCUUUCCCCUCGUUCGCAUCCUCCACUGCCUCUACAACCACCGCCCCCGCCUCUCCCUUCGGUUUCAACCCAUCCAACGCCGCUUCAGGUUCUACUCCGGUCACAUUCGGCUCGACUCUUUUUGGCGCAUCCUCAUCGGCACAGGCUUCGGGUUCCGCCACGCCAACAUUCGGGUCAACUGCAUCCGCCUCUGCUUCUUCUUCACCGUUUAGCACUACUACUGCUUUCGCUCCUCCCAGCACAGGCUUUUCUCUCUUCGGCUCAUCCACUUCCUCGGCGGCGCCGCCUUCUUCCACCACUUCGAACUUGUUCGGCGGCUCCGCUCCGUCGUCUGCGGCUCCCGCCACUCCCUCAUUCUCCAGCUUUCCUAGCUCUUCUUCCGCCGCAGCCUCAACCACUCCGGCUUUCGCCGCCUUUUCCAACGCUUCAUCCGCAGCUCCGGUCACUUCUUCAUCAAGCGGCGGCUUCAGCCUCUCAUUUGGAACAACAACCUCCUCGGCUUCUCAACCUUCUUUUGCAUUCACUAUGAUCUGCUUCGUUACAUUCACCAACAGCAAUGCAGCCUCAUCAGCUGUGCCGGCUUCCACCUCGUUGUCAUUUUCCAAGCCUUCAUCGCCGUUGUUUUCGGCUGCCACCACCACAACCACCACAACUGCUUAUUCAACUCUGGCGGAAAAUAGCACUACACAAGCUCCUGCAUUCAGCGUGACUCCUAGUGCUCCUCCUGCUGCGAGCCCCACUGCGCCACCGACUUCAGCUGCCAGUUCCUUUACCGGUUUUUCUUCAAGGCCUGCUUCUUCAGCGGCUACUGCUUCCUCUUCUGGCGCUUCAUUGUUUUCCGGUGUCUCUGCGCCAGCCUUGUCAUCACAAGCGCAACCAAGCACUACUGUGCCUGCAUUUGGUCUCACUACUUCAGCAGCUGCAACUACCAAUGCAACUGCGGUGACAACUGGUACCAGUACCCCUGCAGCUCAGACAUCAACAUCACUUGCUGUGGCUUCUACUAGUGGGACAACCUCAAAUGUCAAUGGCAGCACUACAGCAUCUACGACAACCCCAAAAUUACCUUCGGAGAUCACUGGGAAGACUGUUGACGAGAUUAUCAAGGAGUGGAAUGCUGAGCUUCAAGAGCGUACUGGAAAGUUCCGAAAGCAGGCUAAUGCAAUGGCAGACUGGGACAGGAGGAUUUUGCAGAACCGUGAUGUUCUUCUUAUGCUUGAGAUAGAAGUGGCAAAUGUGGUGGAUACCCAAGCUAAGGUGGAGCGGCAACUAGAGUUGAUCGAGACUCAUCAGCAAGAGGUCGAUAAGGCUUUAGACAGCAUGGAACAAGAAGCUGAGCGCAUAUACAACGAUGAGCGUGGAUUGCUUCUUGACGAUGAGGCUGCAUCAACAAGAGAUGCAAUGUAUGAGCAGGCUGAGUAUAUAGAGAGGGAGCUAGAGCAGGUGACUGAACAAAUCAAAUCAAUUAUUGAGACUGUAAAUGCUAACCAGGGUGGAGAAUUGGAUGUAAAUGAUGGGACGGCUCCGCUAGAUGUUGUUUUAAGAAUCUUAAACAAUCAGCUAAGCUCUUUGAUGUGGAUUGAUGAAAAGGCAGAAGAGUUCUCUUUGCGAAUUCAGACUCUUGGGAAUCAAGGUCCUGCUGCAUAUCGUGAAUUGAUGGCUCCAAGAUACUGGAUGUCAUGAUCUCUGGAAUUGAACCAUCGUUUUCUCUCCAGUUUCAAACCAUAUGAAAGAAGACAAACACUUUCAAGAAUUUGUCUGCUGAUCACGCCCUUUGGAGUCGAGCAACAACCACAAUCAAGAGUGUCACAAUUGAAAGAAGCAGCGAAGAUCUAACCUUUUCUUCAAACUCAUUCGUGCUCCGAACCUUUUGAUCCUCC